UCCACGUCCUACAACCCAAGCAGUUGCUGGUUACCGGUAUUUACUUUCCUGGCUGGUUUUAGCUUUUUCUCGUCAUGUAUCACCAGCCUGUGCUGAAGAACAGGCGCACUCUCUUGGAGAGAGCAGAGAAGUUUAUAUCUGAUGUUUAUUUCACUGACUGCAACCUGAGAGGACGGCUGUAUGGUGAAUCUUGUGCGCUGGAAGCCAUCAGCUUCUUCCUGUCUCAGAGAAGAAUCCCCUUUGCCGAGGCCUCCAAGCAGAACUUUGUACCUUAUAAAGUCGGUGAUACAUUUGGACCUACAUGGUGGACUUGCUGGUUUAAAGUGUCCCUGACAAUCCCUGAAUCCUGGAGAGGGAAAGAGGUUCAUCUGCUUUGGGAGAGCGAUGGGGAAGGAAUGGUUUGGAGAGAUGGGGAGCCAGUUCAGGGAUUAACUAAAGAGGGUGAAAAGACAAGUUACGUCUUGUCUUACUGUUUGAAAGAUGAGGAGCCCCACAGCAUCAGCCUGUAUGUGGAAGUAGCCUGUAAUGGGCUUUUCGGCGCUGGUCAAGGAUCCAUGAUUGCAGCUCCUGACCCAAGCAGGAUGUUUUCUGUACAGAAAGCAGAGUUGGUAAUAUUCAACCGGGAUGUGCAGAAGCUGUUGACUGAGUUUGAGAUGCUUGUUGACAUUGUCAAGGAGUUAGGCGAGGGGGAGCAGCGGGGCUACCAGGCGCUCUUCACUGCUAAUGAGAUGGUGAACCUCUGUGACCCGUUUGAUCCCAGCUCCUUCUCCAAAGCUCACAGUCUGGCCCACAAGUUCUUUAACCAGCGGAACGGAGAAAGCCAGCACACUGUCCACGCUAUGGGUCACUGCCACAUAGAUUCAGCCUGGCUCUGGCCUUACGAGGAGACCAUUCGGAAAUGUGGCCGAAGCUGGGUGACGGCCAUCGGCUUAAUGGAGAAGGACCCAGAGUUUGUCUUCACUUGUUCUCAGGCCCAGCAGUUCCACUGGGUAAAGAGCUGGUAUCCAGGACUUUACUCCAAAAUUCAGGACUAUGUGAAGAAAGGCCAGUUCAUUCCAGUUGGAGGAACAUGGGUGGAAAUGGAUGGCAAUUUGCCCUCAGGUGAGUCCAUGGUUCGUCAGUUCCUGGAAGGCCAACGCUUCUUUAAUCAGGAGUUUGGAGUCUAUUGCAAAGAGUUUUGGCUUCCAGAUACGUUUGGCUAUUCUGCCCAGCUGCCACAAAUCAUGCAGCAAUGUGGUAUUUCCAAUUUUCUGACGCAGAAACUGAGCUGGAAUUUGGUCAAUACCUUUCCUCACAACACAUUUUUCUGGGAAGGUCUGGAUGGCUCCAAAGUUUUGACUCACUUCCCACCAGGAAAUUCGUAUGAAAUGAAAGGAAAGAUUGAAGAUCUAGUGAAAACUGUGAAGAAUAACAAAGAUAAAGGGCGUGCCAAUCACAGCGCGGCAUUGUUUGGUUUCGGAGAUGGGGGCGGCGGCCCUACACAGCUGAUGCUAGACAGGCUCCGCCUUGUCCGGGACACAGAUGGACUUCCCAGGGUCCAGAUGUCCAGUCCUACAAAGCUUUUCUCAGAGCUUCAAGCUGACUCAGGCCUUUUGUGUACUUGGUCCGGAGAGCUCUUUCUGGAGCUGCACAAUGGGACCUACACCACACAGGCCCAGAUUAAACGAGAGAAUCGCCAGUGUGAGGCUCUGCUUCAUGAUGUCGAGGCAGCCUGCAGUUUGGCCCUCUGCAGAAACAGGACGUUUCUGUACCCUGCAGAAAAACUGCAGCAACUCUGGAGGCUGCUCCUUUUGAACCAGUUCCAUGAUGUCAUUCCUGGUAGCUGCAUACAGAUGGUUGUGGAAGAUGCUCUUAAUUAUUAUAAAGAUAUCAGAAACGAUGGAGGUGUUCUCCUGCGGGACGCAUUUGAAGCCUUGGAGACAAAGGGCGGCUCUCCGGGGGUCUUCAACUCUCUGCCCUGGGAGAGAUGUGAAGUCAUUCAGGUUGCAGACGUCACAGGCAAACCUGAGCUAGCUCUGGUUCAAGCUCCCAGUGUUGGUUUGGCUCCAGUUAAAGCGACACAGCCUGAGACCCCAGUCUCUGUCGCUCUUCAGGCUGACGGUACUGUCCUCAUGGGGAAUGGCAUUUUACAGGCAGUCAUCUGCAAAGAUGGCACACUGGCUUCCCUCCACUUAAUAAGUGCAAAUAGGGAAACAAUAUCUGAUGGCUGCGUUGGAAACCAGUUUGUCAUAUUUGAUGAUGUGCCGCUGUACUGGGAUGCCUGGGAUGUGAUGGACUACCAUCUUCAGACAAGGAAGCCGGUACUGGAGGUGGUGCAGCCUGUCCAGGUGGUGUCCUCAGGGGGGGUCAGAGGCAGCGUCAGCUUCACCCUGAGGAUCAGUGAUAAAAGCACUGUCACACAGGAGAUCAUCAUGGAUGCCUUGUGUCCCUACAUUAAGUUCAACACAAAGGUUCAGUGGGAAGAAUCCCACAAGUUUCUCAAAGUUGAGUUUCCUGUGGGAGUACGAAGCCCGACUGCUACGUAUGAGAUUCAGUUUGGUCAUCUGCAGAGACCCACGCACUGGAACACGUCGUGGGACUGGGCAAGGUUUGAGGUUUGGGGUCACAAAUGGGCAGAUCUGUCUGAGCACAACUUUGGCGUGGCGCUUCUGAAUGACUGUAAAUACGGUUAUUCCAUCCAUAAAAACACAAUGACUCUGUCCCUCCUGAGAUCACCGAAGGCCCCAGAUACUACUGCCGACAUGGGGAAUCAUCAGUUCACCUACGCCAUCAUGCCCCACUCACCAUCCUUCCAGGAUGCUUCUGUCAUUCAGUGUGCUUAUAACCUAAACUACCCUCUGAGGCCGAUCCAGUGCCGUCCUGACUCUGUACCCUGGAGUGCCUUCUCAGUCAGUCCGUUAGCAAUUGUACUGGAGACAAUCAAACAGGCAGAGGAUGGAAAAGGUAAACUUAUCCUUCGUCUUUACGAGUCGCAUGGGAGCAGCGUUAGUGCGAUUCUGCGAAGCCACUUUCCAGUGAAGGAAGCCUGGCAUUGCGAUUUCUUGGAGAGGAAAGACCCCACCCGGCCAGCACGCAUCACAUCUGAGGGGAUCUCUCUGACCUUCCAACCCUUUCAAAUUGUGACACUUCAGAUCAGUUUGUGAUUGCUGUCCACCAAUGAUUCAGGGUUUAGAAAUUGGACAUAUUUGGUGUAGAAUGAUG